AAACAAAAAGGAAAGGCGGAAGAGAGCAGACAAUUAUAUAUAGAGAGACUCCACUUUUACAUUUAUGGAGAUAUCUAGAGAGAGAGGGAAAGAGAGAAGAAGGGGACAUAGAGAGAUAAUCACAGGGAUGGUGUAAAUUGGUGUAAACCAUUCUCAUCUUUGCACCUUUUUUUUUUUUUUUGGUUUCCUGCAAGCAUCUCUCUCUUUUCCUUUGCUGCUCCUGGCUCUGCCCCUCUGUCAUCAUUUGGGUUUGUGGAGUGGGGGGUAGAGAGUCCGGUUUUUCAGAUCGGACGGCCAGGAAUUCUGGGGUUCAUGCGCAGAUCCUUGUAAGCAAGUCCUUAGAGAGAGAGAGAAAGGGAGGGCGGGAGAGGAGAUGUGGGAUCUCAACGAUUCGCCGGAAGAGAGGAGGGAGGCAUUCCUAGAAGAGGUAUAUGGGAAGAAAGGUAAAGGAGUGAAGUCGGCGAGCCAAAGCAUCAACUCGAACGACAAUUCAAGCUCGUCGGCGGUGGUGAUCGAGGGCUCCGACGAGGAGAGAGGGACGCCCGGCUGCGGCGACGAGGAGGAGGAGGAGGAGGAGGUGGUGGUGGAGGUCGAAGAAGAGGAGGAGUUGGAGGACGACGGUGGGAGAAGAAGCAGGAGGAGGCGGAUGAGCAGCCGGAUCUUCGGGUUCUCCGUGGUGGGAGGGCAAGACGAUGAGAAUUGCUCGUCGGAAAGCGAGGGCAACGCCAGUGCCUGCAUCAUCACGAGGCAGUUUUUCCCUGUAGGAAAGGAGAGCGAGGACGGUGAUAUCCCUCCACUCUCCACUGGUGGCGGUGGUGGCUCCGUUCUACCGAGGGCUCACUGGGUCGGUGUAAAGUUUGGCCAGUCUGAGCAGGUGGGCUCGGCCAACAAGGCGACGGACGCGUCUCAGCCCAUCAAGAAGAGCCGGCGAGGUCCUCGAUCCCGGAGCUCGCAGUACCGUGGUGUCACGUUCUACCGCCGGACCGGCCGAUGGGAGUCCCACAUAUGGGAUUGUGGCAAACAAGUGUACCUAGGUGGAUUUGACACAGCUCACGCUGCUGCGCGUGCAUAUGACAGAGCUGCAAUCAAGUUCAGAGGAGUAGAUGCGGACAUCAAUUUCAGUUUGGAAGAUUAUGAGGAUGACUUGAAGCAGAUGAGCAACCUAACUAAAGAAGAAUUCGUUCACGUCCUUCGUCGGCAAAGUGCUGGCUUUCCAAGGGGGAGCUCCAAGUAUAGAGGGGUCACAUUGCAUAAAUGUGGAAGAUGGGAAGCUAGGAUGGGCCAGUUCUUGGGGAAGAAGUAUGUCUACUUGGGCCUUUUUGAUACCGAAGUGGAAGCGGCAAGGGCUUAUGACAGAGCGGCAAUUAAGUACAACGGCAAAGAUGCGGUGACGAAUUUUGACCCGAGUAUCUAUGAGAACGAACUUACAUCUACGAGCGGUGGUGAUCUUGAUCACAACUUGGAUUUGUGUUUGGGGAAUUCGAAUUCUAAAAAGGAUGGAUUGACAUCAAUGGAUGUCGAUCGCUUGGGGAGUCUUGAUUCAACUUCAAUGCGGCUCCAGCCAGAUUGGAGAGUCGGCGGAAAUGUCAAGUCAAAGAUGGAUGAGGUACCAAAAUUGCCGGAUAAUUGCCGAGUAAAAGACAACGGUUUCCUUCCUCAUCGCCAUCAUCCUCAGAACCAUCCCGGCGACUUCUCCGGCCCAGGGCAAAUAUUUCUCAACCAUUGGCAGUUCCUCCCUCAGUUUCCGCUAAAAUCGAACGAGUUUACAAGACUAGGACCGUUUAAACAAGGUGUUGAGACUUUGCCCGCGCCCUCACCCUCCACGGUUCACGUAAUUCAGCAGCAACUGAACCACAGUCCUCUCCUCCCUGGAUCGUAUCAUGUCAGUGUUCAGUACGCGAAUCCAGAGGGCCCGAGGAUGGGAGGCCUCUCGCUGGCGUCGCCAGCUAGUGAGCAAGAAAGGCAGGCAGGAUGGGGGAAGCAACAUGCCGGUAAGAGCACUUCCUGGACUAAUUCCGCCCCACUCUUCACAAGCCCUGCAGCAUCAUCAGGAUUCUCCCCACAGACCAUACACCCAAAUUGGCUGCAGAAGAACGGCUAUCACUCUCUCAUGAGAUGAGCACAGUGUCUCGAGGACAAUUCAACAGGCACAAGAAGAACUCUUCCGGAAUAUAAUCUUCCCGGAGUUCUAUUGGUGCUUUUCUCAAACAGCGAUCGACUAUUCAUCGCGAAGUUGUAUGUAGAAGAACAGGAAGAAAGCUGUUCAAGGUGCACAAUUUUGUAACUCUACCAAAGAUUCUAUACCGUAUUGGGUGCUAACCUAUUGGAAUAUGUCCAUCAUUUGGUUUUGGGUGAGGCAGAUAUUGACCAACAGUUGGUUUCCGGCAAGUGGUACUUAAUUUGGUGAAAGUGUUUGCCUUGAAAUUAUAAUUACUUUGUUGGGCAGCUAACCAGAACGUCUGAGCAAAGGAAAAGAAAGACAAAAUAAUGGAAAGAUGACCGGCCGGAAGUGUGAUACAUCACUUUCCUCGCCCUUAUGUGAGUAAGAUCACGGCAACAUGCGUCAGAGCGGUGCCAUAAUUACGGAGAGGGACGUUACCUAAGAUCAAAAUGAAAGAUGUAGAGAAAGCAAGCCAAAGCAAUCAUAAGAAAAGGUUAAAAAAAUAGUUUUCUGCUUCUUUGUUUU